CAUCAAACCAGCUCCACAUACCUGCAUCUAGCACACUGGAACAGUCGUUUCUCUCUAUCUGUCUUUGGAUCAAGUUGUUGUUGUUAAAAUAGCCGAAAUGUCGAUCAAAGUGUUUUAUUCCAGCGUGAGCGGUUCCCUGGAGAUAAAGAAAGGCCAGCAAAAAAUCUUCGAUGUUCUGAACAGCAAGAAAAUCAACCACGAAGCUUUGGACAUUACUCAAGAAACUAAAACCAAAGACUUAAUGAGGGAGUUGGCAGGGAACCCAACUGCACUGCCCCCUCAGAUAUGCAAUGGAAACAACUACUGUGGGGACUACAAGGCAUUUGAAAAUGCAAUUGAGGAAGACACAUUAGAGAGUUUUCUCAAGCUCUAAAAGGAACGGGGACCAGCUACGAGACAACUAUUCAAUACAUCUAUACUAUAUACGUAUUUCUGUUUCAGUCAUAGUUGAUGGAUGAUGCCCAAAUUCAGGAAAUGUAUUAGUCUUUCAGUGAAGUGGAAGGGCUUGCCUUCUUUUGUUGUACAUUUCCACAGUUUGUAUGACUGAAAUAAAAAUCCUUAAAUAAAACGCUGCCUGAUGCACUCAUGA